AUGAAGAAGAAAUUGGCCACUGAGACUCCAGCGGAGAAAGAGGCACGAAAAGCGAGGGACCGGGAAAAGGCAGCACGUUUCCGUGUAAAGAAACGGGCAGAGGAUCCUAACUAUGCCAAAAAGGUGGCUGAACAGAAUCGGAACUUUCGAGCUAAUAACCCCAAUUAUAAAAAGGAGCUCAAUAAUCGCAAAAAGGCAGAAAAGUUACAAUCAAGUGGGCAACAAGAUCUGAAGAGCCUUUUCUCUAAGAUCGCCUCACCAUUCAACCCUCCCAAUAGUCAAAUCCACCGCCAGCCACUCGCGGACAUCACACACACAGACAAUCGCAAGAGAAAUGCCCUCUGGAGAAUCGCACCCGAAGGACACACUACCAAGUAUUGGGAGUACGCCAAGAACGACCGAGUCGAUUCUUAG